UUUACUAUUGUUGAUCAAUCUUUCUAUUUAACUAGUCUAGAUAAGAAAAUAAUCAUUGCAACAUUUACUGACGAUAGCGAAAGAAAUGUUAAGAAAACAUUAAUAAAUCAUUUUUAUCGUACCUACAUUAUUGUACCAAACAAUUUUUUAGAUGUAAGAUAGAUAAUUUCAAUUUUUACAAUUCAGAUCAUCUCUUAUCUGAUAGUUCGAGUCACAUUUUAAAUUGAUAAGAUACUUAGAUUGUUUGAAAUAUUGGUCUAGUGCAAUGUUUAUUAUAUGUGUCGACUAUGUCUAAUAAAGAGGAACUUUAUAUUGGCAUUGAUCUGGGUCUAACCAAAUCGUGUCUCGCAGUUUACGAUGGGAAAACAGUCAAUAUCAUUGAAACUCAUUGUGGGAAAACAACACCGUCACAAGUUUAUUACGAUCCAAAUCCUAAAGUGGGUACUAUCAACACCCAAACUGAAAAUAAAAUAUACGAUGUACUUAGGUUUAUCGGCAGAAAGUCCACUGAUGAACUUGUGCAAUCAAUUUAUAAAACUUAUCCAUUUGCGGUAAUGGCUGAGAAAAAUUCUUUAGUUUUUCAAAUACCACAAGGAAAAGACACAUUGAUAAAAACUCCACAAGAAGUAAUCUCCGACAUUCUAAAGUAUUUUAAAGAACGAUUAAAAUCAGAAUAUGACUUUAAUGUUCUUAAAUCAGUGAUAGCUAUUCCCGCAUCAUUCAACACUGAUCAACGAAUGGCGAUAAUGGAAGCUGCGAAGAUGGCAGACAUAGAAGUUUUAAAAUUAAUUAACGCAACGACAGCAGCCGCAAUUUUCUGUAGUAAUGAGAAACAAGGCAAGGAUAGAACGAUUUGUAUUGUAGACUUUGGAGGCGGAAGUUUUGAAGUUUGUCUAACAGAUAUUAAAGGCAAUAACUUAUUAGUAAGAUGUACAUAUAGUGACAGUAGUUUAGGAGGAUCAGAUGUUGAUAAUGCUCUCUUUAAUUAUGUUGUGAGUCGAUUAAAGAAGAAAGUUACAGAUAUAGACAUUGACUCAUUGAGAAUUAAGUGCAAGGAAGCAAAAGAAGAGCUAAGUUCCAAAUCAUCAGCUGUUAUAGUUAUCAAUAAAAAUAAAGUUGAAAUCAAAAAGAAGGACUUAAAUAAAUUAAUGAAAUGUAUGUUUAACAAAUGCAAAAAUAUAAUCGAAAGUUGUUUGAAAGAGGGUAAUGUGUUGAAAAAGGAAAUUCAGGAAGUAGUUUUAAUAGGUGGUUCAACAAAGUUGCAAAAGUUUCAAAAGUUGGCUACAAAAUUAUUCGACGAAAGUAAAAUAUUUACAGGUGUGAAUUCGGAUUUUGCUGUUGCCGGAGGUGCUGCAAUUCAAGCAUGGAAGGACCAAAGUCCUUUACAGAGAACUUUGCAAAUUAAAGAUGUGAUACCAUAUUCAAUAGGAGUUGCUGAUUGUUUAAAUGGAAUGUCUUGGGGUAUAAAAGCCAAUACUCAAUUGCCAGCCCAAGGCACAAUAGAAUACCUAACGAGUUACAACGACCAAAAAACCUUGAAACUGUUAAUUUACAAAGGCCGAUGGUUUUAUAAUAAUGCUAAUGACUUUGUGGGUAGUUUGACUCUUGCUCAUUUGCCACCUAGACCUGGAUUAGAGAUAAAAGUGAUAAUAGAUUUUCAUGUGAGUGAGAAUAGAAUUUUGACAGUAGAGGCUAAAAUUGCAGAAUUAAAUAUGACAUCAAAAAUGAAAUACGUUUUACAUGGUCAAAAUGAGCCAGAAACAAGUCACUGGAACCCAGACAAGGACAUGCUAUUCGCCAAGGCAUGGAUUCUGAAAUACUGGACCGUUAUGCUUUGUCAUGAAUAUAUGGAUCAAGAAUCAAGUGGUGUGAAAUUACCAAAAUCCACUCGACAGUGCGAAGAAUUAAUCGAUGAAUUUCACUCGAAUGAUGAAUAUUUAGAUCCAAAGGAUGUUAUAAAACAAAUUAAAAAGUUCAUAGAAGAUUUUGUAGGUGAUUUUAAUGCAGAUCUCAUGAAAGCACUAAGAAAAUUCUGUACUGUAAUCAAUCUCGAUCAUGACGCCCUGUAUGACUUAUGUGAAAGCUUCUCAAAAGGUCAAAGUUACGAAAUUGAUGAAUUGAAAGUUUCAAUAAAAGAUUCUGAAAAUUAAUGGUGACCUAUU